AUGACUCCUGAACCUCCAGCCGUAAGUGUGCUCCUGGCUCAUCAGGAAUUCUUUUCAACUUUUUUGCUCGUCAAUUCGCUAAUCCUACCAUCAUUCAAUAGAAAAGAGGUCCCAUCUGGGCAACGCCUUGUCGGCCAUGCGCCGGUCGAAUGGUCAAAACUCCCGGCCAUAUAUGCCGUGGACAGGGUGGUUCGUCCUCUCCCCCUUUUCCAUAUCAAGCUACUUGAUUCCUCUUUUUACCUUGGGGGUGUUCCGCUACGGAUCCUCUGCGCAUCCGCUGCGAAGAAGAGCGCCAAGUGUUCUCACUGCGUUGCCGGUCACCAUAAGUGCGAGGACUUGCUUGUAGACAAAGAUGGCAAAAUCAAGCCCGCCGCGCGCGCCGUUGCAGCUGCAUCCCUCAGAGUGUCCCAGGGCGAUGAGGUCCCAGAAUACGAAGACUUGGCCACCAAGUAUAACUUGCUUGCGCGCCGAGAAGCCAAGCGAAGAUCGCCGGCAGCGGCUGGCUCUGCCUCAGCUGGCGGCGCUGUCGUGAGCACGAAUGCUCUGGCUGAGCUUAUGCGCCGGCAAACUGAAAUCCUCCUGGACAUACGAGCUGAGCUGAGCGCAUUGCGCGAGAGGACUGGUGCGGGGACGCCGCCAGUGGAAGACUCGGAUAUGGAUGAAGACGAUUACGGCUUUGACCCGACGGUAAAUAGACAAGUUGGAGAGUGA